AUGGAUCUGUCACCGCUGGAUAGGUUUCCGGGCGAGCUGCUCACGACAUCGCCGUCCUUAGAGUCUAUCUUGGCAGAUGAAUCCCCGCUGUCGACAGUUGAGACGUUGGCGACGGUAACGACUAACCAUACCGGCAGCAGCGGCCCUGAUUUUGGCAAUGCGGGCAGCACUGGAACGCCGGGCUGGAGCGAUACCGCCAGCCUCAACAAUCUGCUGAGCGACAACGCACUGGAGUCCAUAAAGCGACAGCGGGCACAGAAUAAACUGAUUCACCUGGACCCGAUCCCCGAGUUCCAGGAUCGCAACGAAAUCAAGCCCUGGCUCCAGAAGAUCUUCUAUCCGCAGGGCAUCGAAAUUGUAAUAGAGCGGUCUGACAGCAUUAAGGUAGUGUUUAAAUGCAAAGCAUCGAAGCGAGGCCGUACGUCACGGAAAAAUGCGAGCGCCGAAGUCGUGGCUGAGGAGAAUCCCGAGAGUCCGCGGGCGGCCAAGAGGAUACUGCAUCAGUCUAGCAAGAAGAAGAGAUGUGUGUCACCAUAUAACACUUGCCCUUUUAGGGUAAGGGCCACAUAUUCGUUGAAACGUAAGAAAUGGAAUAUUGUCGUGAUGAACAACGGCCACUCUCAUCCUCUUAAGUUCAAUGCAGAAAGUGAUGAUUACAAAAACUUCAAGAAACUACUGCGGGAACAGCAGGACUGGGACGCGGUACGAAAAUUUGAUGAGCUGGAAUGUCGCACGCGGUUCAACCUGCCCAUUGAACCUCAGCCGAUACCGUGCGAUUGCGGGCUGACGCAGGAGAUCAAAAGUUUCGACAUAGUGUUACCGACGUCCGAUAGUUUGGCGAAGCUUCAGGACAAAACUGUGACUAAACCACAACAUAAGUCCAAAGCGAGCCGUACACAAAAAAACAUUGCACAUGCCUUGAGUCGAAACACUGUGCCGCAUGGUUGGGAUACUGUUGACGGUCAGCAGAACGAACAACCGCAGAAUUCUCAGGAUCACAGCGAGUUUCAAUUGUUGCUUCCCGCGCAACAUCAAGUAUCACCGCUUCAAACGCUUGGCUUGCCGAUACCCAACUGGGAUCCCGCUGCUCUUAUAGAUCACUCUGAAGAGAUUGACUUUACAAAUUUGUUCCUCAGACCCUUGCCACGAGUCAAACAAGAAUCAGUGUAUGAAAAGUUACCAGUGUCGUCGGCGUUGACCUCUAACCCGACGCAAGUUUGGGCUCCACACAAAAGCUUUAUGGACGAACUUCAGUUUCCUCCCAUACAGCCAAUCUGUGAACUAAAUCAUACCGACCACUGUAAUUGCAUCUUUUCGCCUUCAACGCAAACGCCUAUGGAGCCUGACAUGAGUGAAAGUAAGUCACAAAUGUACGAACAGCAUAUCCAGGAUCAAGUUCAAGGACAGGGCCCCGAAAUCCCCAAAGACUCUCCAAUUGACGGGUACUUAAACGACGACCUGAGAAACUCGCACGCAGCUCACAAUAUUCACAAUUCAAGUCCCGAACAGAGCACAACAUGGGAUAUACCAUCCAGCAACCAUCCUCAUGAAUAUAGUAAUGAAUUCUAA